AUGGUCACUUUUAAACUAUUAAUUGCUGUUUCCACAAUUAAAAAUUGGCAUAUGUUACAAAUCGACAUAGACAACGCCUUCUUAAAUGGUGACCUCCUUGAAGAGGUCUAUAUGAAAUUGCCACCUGGACUAACUUUACCUCCUUCUAUUUCUGCAGAUUCCAACCCCGUGUGCAAGCUACAUAAAUCUAUCUAUGGCCUACGACAAUCUUCUCGUCAAUGGUACAAAAAUCUUUCAGACGCCUUACUUCAAGAAGGUUUUCAUCAAUCUCAAGCUGAUUAUACGCUGUUCACACGAGGCUCGGAAGACCAAUUCAUUGCACUUCUUGUCUAUGUCGACGACAUUGUGCUCACUGGACCAAAUCUUGAUGUUCUACACCAAGUUCAAUCUUCUCUAUACCAGAAGUUCAAACUCAAAACCCUUGGCCCUCUUCGAUACUUCUUGGGUUUUGAAAUUGCUAGAAGUAAAGAUGGACUCUUUCUCUCACAACGAAAGUACACCAUUCAACUACUUGAAGAUACGGGUUAUGUCGGCUGCAAACCCGCCAAAACUGCUAUGGACCCUCGCACCAAACUUGAUGAUCAGCAAGGAGAUCUUUUGACCAAUCCAUCUGCCUAUCGACAAAUCAUUGGCAAGCUUCUCUAUUUGACACUAUCCAGACCCGACAUCACUUUUGCCGUCAAUUGUCUCAGCCAGUUCAUGUCAAACCCCCGAAGUCCUCACUUACAGGCUCUCAAUCACCUGCUACGUUACCUUAAAGGCAAUCUGGGGCAAGGUCUCUUAUACUCUCCCACUUCCUCUCUACACCUCAGAGGCUUUUCAGAUUCAGAUUGGGCAUCAUGCCCUGUCACUCGGCGUUCAACAACCGGUUUCUGCAUCUUUAUUGGGGAUUAUCUUAUUUCCUGGAAAACCAAGAAACAACCUACCAUUUCCAAGAGUUCGGCUGAAGCCGAAUACAGGGCCCUCGCUGCCACUACCAGCGAGAUCACAUGGAUUCAAUACCUAUUCAAAGACCUCCAUAUACCCCAACCUACACCAGCUUUCAUUUAUUGUGACAAUCAAUCUGCCAUUCAUAUCGCAAAUAACCCCACUUUUCAUGAACGCACCAAACAUAUUGAGCUUGAUUGCCACUUCAUCCGUGACAAAAUAAACAACUCCACAAUUCGGCUUAUCCCUGUUCCCAACAACCUUCAGCUCGCAGAUACUUUCACCAAGCCAUUGCCUUCAACAACCCUUUCCUCUCAUAUUGUCAAGAUGUCUGUAUAUGAUCUAUACAAUCAACCUUGA